AGCAAUCCAAUAUGGCGGCGCCCUGCAACUUCAUUUACUGACUGAGGUCAGAAUAACAGCUUAAAUCUUGAAAACUCAUCAAGAAGAACACUAGAAGCUGACAUGUUUUUGGAAACGGCUCAGUGUUUAAAAACGGCGGCUCCGUUGUUUUCUCAAACCGUUUUGCUGAAGGAUUUGAGACGCUUGUUCACACAUGGAGGAGCCAGUCACGUCCAGGCCAGGAGACACUUCGGUGUCAGCCGCUCUCUGACAGCCAAGGUCCCCCCACCGCGCAAACCCAGGGAGAGAGUGGGCAUCCCCGGGCUGGAGAUGGUCACCUACGGGGAAAGGAUGCACUUUGUGCCGGGGCUGUCGAAGCCUGUUAACCCGCAUUGGGAGAGGGACUACAAGGACCCAAGGUAUUACAAGUCUCCUCCGGCCCACGAGAUGCCGCUGUUCAAAGAGAAACCGUGCUUUGUGUACAACCAGAGGACCAGCGCAGUGGAAGGUGUGCGUCAGGCUCUGUGGUUGACCAAAACCAAACUGAUCCCCGGUCUGCCGCCUCAGUUCCUCUCAUUAGCAGAGAGUCCUGCCAAUCAGAUACCAGAUCAGGAUAAACGUGUGCAGAACGCCAUCAAACACGCCCGCUUCUGGGACACGAAGGAGGAACGGCCGGGCAGAGAGAAAUACAGGCUUUCAAUAUGGCAACAGCUGAGCCGGCAACUACAACCUUACGGUGCUAACAGCGCUAGUGUGCAAACAAUGGCAACAGUGCUGACAGAGCUAACAGUGUUUACCUGGGGCAGUGAGUAGGGAUGGGUAUCGUUAGGAUGUUAUGGAUAGUAGUACUCUUAUCGAUACUCUUAAUGAUUCUUUUUCAUUAUUUUGUGAGACAAAAAACACUUAAUUAAGAAAAGAAUCAACAUUGCUUUAUUAUUCUUGUAUGUAAACGAAUAGUCUUUCUUAAGCAGCAAUACAAAAAGUUCCAAAAUCUGUAGAAUACAUUGGCAGUGAAUAAGCGAAGCAAUUAGCUUUUAUUCACUAACCUAUUCUUAUUGGCAAACUGCGUAUGGCAUUGCUAACAUUACCUGCAGUGGACGAGGAUGGACGGCUGCUCGCCAUGAUGUGUGUCUCACGCUCUAAAGUAACGAUAGAACUGUUAACUCCGGACCUGAUCAAUUCUCUGGGUUUUACUUAUUUAGAACCGGUUCCCGUUUAAAAACGUGUUUCGGGGGGCAUCCCUAGCAACCAGUGAGGCAGGCUCACAUGCACUAACAUGCACUACCAUGCACUAGAGGCACGUACAACUGGCCGGGCUACGCCAACAAAGCAAGGAGAAGCUCUGAUCACAGCACACACAGAGGGAGAGAGACUUCAUUCUCUGCUCAGGUAGAC